AUGUAUUAUGAUUAUGAAACACAUGAUGAGCACUUGCAGUCACUACCCCGUUUCAUCGGCGAUGGAGAAGAAUCGAAUAGUUCAGCAGAUAACGAUCAAUGUGAAAUUGUUACUGAUACAGAAGAUAGUGAAAGUUUAAUUGUUAAUUUAAAUAAAUAUUUAAAUAUGGAUUCUACUUGUGAUGACGAAGAGCGCGAACAAAAUGUUCUAGAAAUGUCAAUUGGCGAAGAUGAAUUUGAACAAGACGAUGAUUCUGAUGAUCCAGUGCUGUCUAAUCUCAUUUCUUCAACAACAACACCCACACCCUCAGUCACUAGUGUCGUUCAAUUACAAAAACAAUUAGCAAAAGCUACCGAUGAUCAAGACAACACGAAACGGAAACGGAAACCAUGGUCUAUUAAAGAAAAAUUAUCGACUUUGAAUAGCCUUGAAAAAAAUCUUGGUAAUAAACAGCUUACUGCUCAUCAACAUGGUUGUUCACGAUAUCAAUUAUCACAACGGCUUAAAGGAAAAAUGGAACUUGAAACACUGUUCAAGCUCAAGCAUGAGAAACGAACAUUUAUUGAUCCACAAGCUGCUGUUACAACUGGUACAACAACAGCAGCAACUAUAAGACGUGAAAAAGUAACAUUUCGUCAAUUAGAACGACAAGGUAAAUUAUUAAGUAUGGAAUUAAAACAUGCUUGUCCAAGUACGAAAUGCUUUGGGAGAUUCAUGCGCCGUCAUCGUUUAUCACUUCAAAAACCGAAAAAAAAUCAAAAAUUUUCAUUGUCCGAUGCAUAUCCACUUAUAAACAAUUUCUAUGAUUAUAUUCGUCGAGCAAGUCAAUCGGCACCAAGCCGUGGACCUAUGGGAGUAUCCCUUCCGCGAGAUGUAUGCAACACGGACGAAAGUUCAUUAAGUUUAUUUGGAGAUCAAUCGAGAUUAUCGAUAAAUGAUGUCAAUAAAUCCAAUGAUAUUGAAGGUUGUAUUAGUAAUAAACGGUUCGCUACUGUUAUAAUUAACAAUUUUUAG